GUUUUCGAUGAUAAGGACAGCCGCGUGUAGACAGCUGAUAUUAUAGGAAGAAUCAUGAGCCAGAAAUCUUACAACCAGUUUUGGCUGGAAGGUCUGGUACCAGCAGUGUUCACACCAUUUCACGAAGAUGGGGAACUGAAUUUGUCAAAAAUCGACGAAUACUGCGAAUUUCUACUGAAAAACAACAUCAAAGCUGUGUUUGUGAAUGGGACGACGGGCGAGGGUAAAUCAAUGACGAAGGAAGAGAGGAAGCUCGUGGCAGAGAAAUGGAUCUUCACAGCAUCGGGCAGAUUAAAGGUCGUGGUGAAUGUUAGUGGGUUGAAUGUACGGGAGAGCAUAGAGUUGGCGAAACACGCUGUCCACAUCCGGGCCGACGCUAUUGCCUGCCUCCCGCCUUUAUUUUUCAAACCAAACAGUAUAGAGAGCCUGGUAGAUCACUGUAAGAUGGUCGCUGAUGCGGCUCCCAGCUUACCUUUCUACUACUACCAUCUUCCGGCUAUGACGGGAGUCGAGCUGAAGAUGGAGGAUUUCCUGAUCACGGCCAAGAAAAAAAUUCCGAAUUUGAUUGGCUUAAAGUUUGCUUCAAAAGAUCUAGGGGAUUUGAUUGGCUGUCUGUUCGCGGGAAAAUUCAACAUUCUGUGUGGUUGCGAUGAGCAACUGAUGGGUAACUUGGUGAUGGGGGCACAUGGCGCUGUAGGAACCCUGUACAACUUCAUGCCACAGGUCUUCCAUAGACUGCUGCAACAUCUGAGUGAUGGAGAGAUGGAAAAGGCAAGGGAAGAACAAAUUCGAGCGCAGAAAGUCCUGAGAUUAAUGGUUAAGCAUGGUCAUUCUCUGGGUGGUAAUGUGGCGGCCGUGAAGCCGAUGAUGGCGCUAGUCGGCCUUGACCUCGGGCCACCGCGUCAUCCAAUGAGGCCGAUGACGGUCGACGAGUUGAUUGAUUUCCACAGAGACAUAGAUUUGGUUGGAUUUAAGAACUGGGACCCAGCAAACUUGUUGUAAAAAGCAACCAUACGAUGGCAAUUAUUUUAGAAAAGAUUUCUGUAUACACUUUUUCCUUUUAUACUCUGAAGGAACGUGUGAAUGAAACAGGUGACCAUAUCCAUAUUAUCAUUAAAUAUUCAAUUCAA